AUGCCCACACCAACACCAAUGCCGAUCGCUGCGCCGGUGCUCAGACCAGAGGAGGCUUGUGAUGUUGUGGCUGCGACGGCUGCAUCGGCUGUGGACGAUGCCGAUGAAGACGAGGCGGUGCUGGCGGCAACAUCGGAGGCUGCUCCCGAUGUUGAGGUGGCGGUCUCUGCCACCUUGGCUUUGGCAGAUGAUGAUGAUGCUGAUGAUGCUGCUGAUGAUGCUGCUGAUGAUGCUGCUGAUGAUGCUGCUGAUGAUGCUGCUGCUGCUGAUGUUGAUGUUGUCUCGGAAGAAGACGUCGUGGACGUUACUGCCAAUGUUGUUGUCGAAGAGGUUGUGGAUGUCGUUGAUGUUGUGUCGACUGAGCUCGUCUAGAAGUGUCAGGAUAUUUGAGUCAGCCUGCUCAUCGUCUGACUCUACGAUGAAGACGAAGUGGCCCUCCUUCCACACGCCAGUAUUAAAUGAGUAUGAGUACGGACUCGUUGUACUACUGGCAACUGUGACUGCGGCUCCAUCUCCAGUCGUCUCCUGCUGCUGCACGAGGACCUUGUACGUCGACGCAUCGCCGCCCGUCCACUC